AUGGACGAGCAAAACAAUUUGAUGAGGCAGCUCCUCAACCAAAUAAGCUUGGCUCAAAACCUUGGCCUUGGACAACAGGGCGAAGAGAAAAGGACGAACGAACACGCCAAUAGGCAGUUCGAUGGGAACCAAGUAGGUCGAGCAGGAGUAAGCAGACAAGGAGAUGCACAACAAUGUGAUCAGCUUGCCGACAUGUCGCAAGCAUCUAGAAAUAUUCACGAGAGGCUAGGCCCCCAGGGAGGUCAACUUGAUAACCCUCACAAUGAGGACCAUGAAGAAAGGCGCUCUGCUACUCGUUCUCGAAGAGCCAAUUCCCGUCGCCGAGUUACAGAAAAUCCAUCGCAAGUGCAAUCCACCAACACACCGCCUAGGCAGCGCAGCCGAGAAAGUCAACCCUUGCAAACCAAUGAGGAAGUUACUCAGUCUCGCCCAAAUUGUAAAGGUCGUCAACGUGACCGACCAGCCAUGUGUGCAGAAGACGUUGAGAAGCUUGUGAAUAACCGACUUUGA